UCCAACCUGAGAUAUGUCUUGUUGGUCAUCAGUAGGACCCUUGCUCGACACCUUGUUUGCUUUAACCGUAGCCCGCCGGGAUCCGUCCGUCUUAGGUGGGCCAAGGUUGCUCUCAAUGUCGCCACAUAUGACCAUCAUAGCCAGGAAGCACGUGGCUAACCGGAGUGACAAUUUUGUCUUUAAUCCCACAGGUCAACCACUGGCGGCUCAUGAUGGGGGUUUAAGACAUGGACAGACACACUUUAAUGCUAUAAAUGUCCCUGGCGAAACCGGUCUACCGAAAUCUACGUUUUUGCGCCAUCCAGGGAUUGGCAACUUCUGAAUAGUUCG